CUCUCUUUCUGCCUCUGUCUGUUACGAACGAGAGAGGGUUCGGAACGGAAAUCCAAACCCUCCCUCGUAUCGGGCGAAAUAUCGGAAUUAUUGAAGAAAAUAAUAAAAUAAUAUUAUUUCUUUCUGUGUUUCUUUCUUUCUUCUUCUCUGUGUUGUAAUCUUCCUUGCAAUGCAGAGAAGGAGAAACAGAUAUAACUAAAAAAGGGAAAAAAAAAAAGAAAAAAAAAGAAACAAAAAAGGAAUCGGCUUUGGAGAUUCUUGCACGGCACAGAUCCCAAACUCUCUCUUUCUUUCUCUAUCUAUCUAGCUUGCCUUGUGGCGUAAUCUAUUCUAUUCGGAAUCGGAAGGGGUUAAAUGCGCACACCGCCUUCUCUAUCCUUCUCUCUCUCUGUGUCGGAAUAGGAAUUGCAGAGAGCGGAGGGGAAGAGGGGCGGUGGUUUUGAUCUGAGAAAAGAUUUUGGUUGUUUGAGCGUCGUUCGGUGGGGAAAAAUACCUGCGUCUUCUUUUUUAUUUCUUCCCCUUUUUGGGUUUGUUGUAUUGUAAUCGAAGGAUGCCAUUUGAAGUAAUGGAUCAAAGGGGUUUGUAUGGGCCAUCAUCUUUCUUCUCUGAGGAAAUCUGCUUUCCGACCGAGAGACAAAUUGGGUUUUGGAAGCCAGAGUCCAUGCCAGAUCAUCAGGGAGUAGGAAUGGAAGGAAUAUCAUUAGUGUCAAGGAAAAAGUCAGAUACUUCAUCGCUGCUGGAACGACACUUGGUGAAUGCUGAGAGGACAUCGAGUCUUUCCAUGACCUCAUGGAAGGUUACGAACCGGGAUAUUGGAUCACACUCAAAUUUAUACAUGCAGCCUGCAUCCUAUUUUGUUGAAGGAAACAAGGUUGAUUUGGAUGGGUCCCAAUAUGAGAACGGUCUCUUCUCAAGCUCCUUAUCGGAUAUAUUUAAGAAAAAGUUGAGAUUAUCUUCAAAUGACAUCAUAUACGGUCAGUCUGUUGACACAAUUACCUCCCAAUUUGAGGAAGAUGAGCCUUAUGAAUCUCUCAAAGAAAUUGAGGCCCAAACCAUUGGAGACCUCCUUCCUGAUGAUGAUGACUUGCUUUCUGGGAUUAUUGAUGAACUCGAGUACAUUGCCCAACCCAAUACUGGGGAUGACAGAGACGAGUUUGAUCUCUUUAGCAGCGUAGGAGGGAUGGAGCUAGAAGCAGAUAAUGGUUUAAGUUGCUAUGGAGGUAGCAGAAGUUCGGAUUUUAUUGGGGCGAUUCCUAAUGGUCAACAAGGCGGGUCAAAUAGCCCAUUUGCUGGAGAGCACCCUUAUGGUGAACACCCUUCUAGAACACUUUUUGUGAGAAAUAUUAAUAGCAAUGUCGAUGAUGCUGAGUUAAGGAUGGUUUUUGAGCAAUACGGAGAUAUUCGCACACUUUAUACUGCUUGCAAGCAUCGUGGUUUCGUCAUGAUUUCUUACUAUGAUAUAAGGGCGGCCCGUAAUGCGAUGAGAGCACUUCAAAACAAGCCAUUGAGGCGUCGGAAACUUGACAUACAUUUUUCAAUUCCAAAGGAUAAUCCUUCAGACAAAGAUAUUAACCAGGGAACACUCGUGGUAUUCAAUCUUGAUUCUUCUGUUUCAAAUGAUGAGCUUCGGCAGAUUUUUGGUGUCUACGGAGAAAUUAAAGAGAUACGUGAAACUCCACAUAAACGUCAUCACAAAUUCAUUGAGUUUUAUGAUGUUAGAGCCGCUGAAGCUGCUCUGCAUGCUUUGAACAGAAGUGAUAUUGCCGGGAAGCAAAUCAAGCUUGAGCCCAGCCGGCCAGGGGGUGCACGACGGUACAGCUUGAUGCAGCAGUUCUCUCCUGAGUUGGAGCAGGAGGAAGCUGGUGGAUUUAGCCCUCCUAAUAGCUCACCACCAGGAGGAUAUGGACCAGUCCCUCACGAGCCGAUUAGAUCCGGUUGCCUUGAUAAUGGGGCUAUCGAUGGUCUACAUUCUGCGCUCCGACCACCCAUUAGCCCAUUCAUUGAAAGUGCAUUUCAUGGGAUCUCAUCUAGCGUUCUUCACAGCUUGUCCUCUCCUGUUGGUGUUGCAUCUGUUGGCAAUCAUGGCACUCAGGCUGGCCUUGAUGAGCACAGACAUUCACUGGACCAGAUGAAAUCCGGUUUUCAACAUGUGCCAAAUUUCCGUCCUCAUUCACUUCCAGAAUAUCAUCAUGAUGGUGUGAGCAAUGGUGUCCCAGCCAUGCCGGCAAGCAUGAAUUCUGGCUCUGGGCCAACUGAAGGGAUUGCUAAUAGGCACAUCCUUAGGGUGGGCUCGGGUGGGUCUAAUAGUCAUCCCUUUGACAUUAACAAAGGGGGUAAGUGCAAAGCUUUCAGUGCUGGUGGGAAUGGAAGCUGCCCUCUCCACGGACAUCAUUAUGCAUGGAGCAACUCUAACUCAUAUCACCAUCAUCAUCCUCCAAGCCCCAUGAUGUGGCCAAGCUCGCCAUCAUUUGUCAACGGCAUCCAUGCUCAUCCCGGGCAGCAAAUGCAUGGUCUUCUCAGAGCACCGUCUCAUAUGCUGCAAACAGUCAUGCCUUUACACCACCCCCACCACCAUCAUGUGGGAUCUGCACCUGUCAUCAAUUCCUCUCUCUGGGACAGGCAACAUGCCUAUGCAGCAGAGCCAACUGAGGCAUCUGCUUUCCAUCCUGGGUCCAUUGGAAGUGUGGGGUUUUCCAGCAGCUCCACAUUCCAUCCGUUGGAUCUCGUCUCUCGUAGCAUUUUUCCUCAUGUUGGUGGAAACUGCAUUGACCCUUCAAUUCCCUCUCCGAAUGUCGGUUUACCUUCCCCUCAGCAAAGGGCCCACAUGUUCCCGGGCAGAGAUCCCAUGAUUCCCAUGCCAACAUUGUUCGAUGCUCCUAAUGAGCGGAUUAGGAGCCGGAGAAAUGAUGCGAGUUUGAAUCAGGCUGACAGGAAACAGUAUGAACUUGAUAUUUCCCGCAUAUUGCAUGGGGAAGACACUAGAACAACGCUCAUGAUUAAAAACAUCCCUAACAAAUACACUUCUAAGAUGCUAUUGGCCACAAUUGAUGAGCAUCACCAAGGGACCUAUGAUUUCAUUUAUUUGCCAAUUGAUUUUAAGAACAAAUGCAAUGUAGGCUAUGCCUUUAUCAACAUGAUCGAUCCUAUGCAGAUUGUUCCAUUCUUUCAGGCAUUUAAUGGUAAGAAGUGGGAGAAGUUCAACAGUGAGAAGGUGGCAUCUCUCGCAUAUGCACGGAUCCAAGGGAAAGCUGCUCUCAUUGCUCAUUUCCAAAAUUCAAGCUUGAUGAAUGAGGAUAAACGAUGCCGCCCCAUUCUUUUCCACUCCGAUGGUCCAAAUGCUGGCAACCAGGAGCCCUUCCCAAUGGGGUUAAACAUCCGAUCCAGGCCGGGCCGAACCCGUUCCAACAGCAACGAGGAGAACCAUCAUCAAGGCAGCCCACCUCCCUCAGCCAUUGGGGAGGAAUCUAACAGCGGGACAGACUCUUCAUCAGGUUCUUCAAAAGGCUUGGAGUGACCCCACUUUCCAAGCGCCACUAACCUCUGGGAAGAACCAAAACACACACCCACACUGGUUCCUCUACAAAUUUCCUCACAAUUCCAAAUAACGCUGCAGAUUGAAUGCAAAUGGGGACCUGAUGGAUUCUUUUGGGGAGAAGCCUUUUUAGUUCCUGUUUUGUAUUUUUUCGGAACCAAAUGCGUGAAAUACAGAGAUUUUGGCCGGUCUCGAGGAAUAAAAUGUAUAGGUGGUUUCUGAGCGAAGGGAGAGAGCGAUGUUUAUGCUGCGCGGUUUUGGAAAAAAGAAGAAGAAGAAGGUUAUCUCUUCAUUUUCUUUACAAUUUUUUUUAUUUUUAAAUUUAUUUUUUCUGUUCCUUUGUUUCUGUUCACUGUAAUUUUUGUUUUUGAUGUGUUUUGCUGUGUACUAAUAGUAAAAGAGGGCGAUGAUGGGCCCUAUCCACUAAUGUGAAGGUGUUUGUCUUGUCUUUU